AGAGUCGGAGCCCCAGCGGCCUGCCCAUACAACACACCUGAUUCAUAGACAAGACCACAAUCUGAUUCCAAAGAUGUGUUCUACAAACCCAGGCAACUGGGUCACAUUUGAUGAUGACCCUGCUUUUCAGUCUUCUCAAAAGUCAAAGAAUUUACCUCUGGAGAAUCAAGGCAUCUGUAGGCCCAAUGGACUUAAGCUGAACCUUUCUGGUGCUAAAGAAUUUCCCAGUGGAUCUUCCUCUGCCAACAGUACCCCCCUCUCCUCUCCCAUCAUAGACUUUUACUUUAGUCCGGGACCUCCAAGUAACUCUCCUCUUUCUACACCUACCAAGGACUUCCCAGGUUUUCCUGGUGUCCCCAAAGCAGGGACUCAUAUGCUUUAUCCUAUCCCAGAAUCAUCUUCAAACAGUCCACUUACAACACCAGGAGCAGACUCUUCCUUACUGUCUACUAAACCAACCUGUUUAUCCCAUGCUUCCUUACCCAGUGACCACUCAUGUACACAUCCAGCUCCCAGAGUGGGUCUUCCAGAUGAAGUUGGCCCUCCCCAGGCUGAAAGCCUAGGGUUUCAGAGUGAUGCCCCCCAGUUUCAGUAUUUUCGGGAGGACUGUGCUUUUUCAAGUCCAUUUUGGAAAGAUGAAGGCGGUGCUUCCCAGUUUGCCUUUGACCCUUCAGGAAGCAGAAAGAUGUACCCAUCAAGAGACAAAGAGGUGCCUCUCGAUCAAAAAAGCUUAAAUCAGGGUUCACUUAACUACAUCUGUGAGAAGCUUGAACAUCUCCAGUCAGCUGAGGAGCAAGACCCCUGUGGAAAUUUGUCUGUGCAGUGUUUGUAUGCUGAAGACACUGCGUCUUCCUUUGUCCCCCAGACGCUCUUCAGGAGUCAGCCAAAACCUGGAUGGUCUUUCAUGUUGAGAAUUCCCGAGAAGAAGAACAUGAUGUCUUCCCGUCAGUGGGGACCAAUUUUUCUGAAAGUCUUACCUGGUGGAAUUUUGCAAAUGUAUUAUGAGAAGGGGUUAGAAAAACCAUUUAAGGAGUUACAACUUGAUCCACAUUGCAGGCUUUCUGAACCCAAAGUUGAGAACUUUAGUGUGGCAGGAAAAAUCCAUACUGUGAAGAUUGAACAUGUGUCUUACACAGAAAAAAGGAAAUACCACUCUAAGACAGAAGUAGUUCAUGAACCAGACAUCGACCAGAUGCUGAAGUUAGGGUCCACAGAGUACCACGAUUUCCUCGACUUCCUGACUACUGUGGAGGAGGAGCUGACAAAGCUGCCAGGUGUUUCAAAGCCAAAAAAGAACUAUGAGGAACAAGAAAUUUCCCUGGAAAUUGUGGACAACUUCUGGGGGAAAAUCACUAAAGAAGAAGGAAAAUUGGUUGAAAGCACUGUCAUAACUCAACUCUGUUGCCUCUGCUUUGUGAAUGGGAACACAGAAUGCUUUUUGACCUUGAAUGACCUUGAGCUGCAGAAGCGAAACGAACGCUAUUUUGAAAAAGACCAGGAAAAGAAGGGGAUUGAUAUUCUUGACCAUCAUUUUCAUAAGUGUGUGAAAGCACAAGAAUUCGAGCAAUCAAGAACCAUUAAGUUUGUACCGCUGGAUGCCUGCCGGUUUGAGCUGAUGCGUUUUAAGACUUUGUAUAAGGGGGAGGAUCUUCCCUUUUCCCUCAAGUCCGUGGUGGUUGUCCAGGGAGCAUAUGUGGAGCUUCAGGCCUUUGUCAACAUGGCCCCCUUGGCUCAGAGACCAUCCUAUGCCAGUUCCUUGAGGUCCUGUGACAACAUCAUGAUACACUUUCCUGUCCCGUCGCAGUGGAUCAAGGCCCUCUGGACCAUGAACCUCCAGAGGCAGAAGUCCCUGAAAGCCAAAAUGAACCGCCGGGCAUGUCUGGGGAAUUUACACGAACCCGAAUCUGAACCUGUUAUACAGGUCACUGUGGGGUCAGCAAAAUAUGAGAGUGCCUACCGGGCCAUUGUAUGGAAGAUAGACCGGCUUCCUGAUAAAAAUUCAAGUCCUGAUCAUCCCCAUUGCUUGUCAUACAAACUAGAACUUGGAUCAGACCAAGAAAUUCCCUCUGAUUGGUAUCCAUUUGCUACUGUUCAGUUUGGAAUGCUGGACACCUGUGCCUCGAGGACAGAGGUCAAGUCUCUGGGGGUGGAGAGCGAUGUCCAGCCACAGAAACAUGUUCAUCAGCGAGCUUGCUACAACAUUCAGGUCGAAAUAGAAAAGAAGAGGAUUAAAAUCGAUGGAGAAGACCCAGAUAAAACUGGUGACUGUGUAACUCAGUAGGAGUAGCAAGAGUAAAUGAUGACCCACUUUUCAAAUAUGUAAUUCACAGAAACCACACAAAGAUCUGCUUCUGUGUACUGGAAAUGACUUCUGAAUAGAGGGCUUAGGACAGGUCCAGUGGCCGUGUUUUGAGAAGUGAAGACCUGAAACCAAACAACCAGUAUUUUAUGCUUUUGAUAUGUUUGUGCUCCAGGGGUUUCAUCUAAAAUAUGUCCAACAUGUGUAUGAUGUUUUUGCUUCCCAUUAAAACUCAAAGUUUUAAUGUGUUACCGGACAGCCAGCUUGGCGAAAGGGUUUUGGAUUUUUAAUUACUCAGUGGCUGAGUGUUUUGCACUCUGGAUCACCUGGGGGCCAUAUUU